AAAAUAUGAGUAGCUAGAGAGGAAACUCAAAGUAAUUAUUUUGGUUCUAAUAGAGAUCACCAUCUAUCAAUAAGUCUAUUAGAAAGCAGAACAAGGACUCUGAUUCUAGUUCAUCAGAAAGGAGGUAUGGAAAGUUUUGGAAAGCUAAUGAGGACACCUUGCUUAUUGAAUUGCAUAGAAAAUAUAAUGGAAAUUGGCGGUAGAUUUCUGAAGAAAUUCCUGGGAGAAAUUUAAGUUAAUGUCAAUAGAGAUGGAAGAGGAUCAAUCCCAAUAAGGUAGUUUGGAUGGUUAUAGAAUUUUAGACAAAAUUGCGUAAACAAUGGACGGAUGAGGAGGACAAAAAAGUAUUUGAACUUGUUUAGGAAUAUGGUCGAAAUUGGAAGGUAAUCGAAGGGUUCAUGGAAGGACGUUCUAGUAAAUAAAUACGAGAGAGAUUUUUAAAUAAUUUGGACCCAGAGAUUAAUCGAUCAAAAUUCACAGCCCUGGAGGAUAAAAUAAUAUUGGAGUAGUAUAGAAUUUAUGGACCAAAGUGGAGUGAAAUUGCUAAGAUGUUAGACAGAAGACCAGUAAGUAGUGUUUAAAAUUAAAAUAGGAAAAUUAAGUGAAGAAUAGAUUUUAUUCAUACAUUAAGAGAGUGAGUAUGUUGGAGGAAAAAUCAGAUGACGAGGACAAUGAUGUAGAGUCUUCUAUUUCUGAAUAACCUCACAUUCCUCCUCCGAUAUAGAUAUAUCAGCCUCUGGAGACCAUUUAAUCAAUAAGGGAAGAGCACGACAAUACAAAAAACGAUUCUUUGAAAAACGAAUCAUUUAUUAACAUAUAGAAUCGAACCCCUUCAAAUAGAAUUCAGCCAUCUAUUAAUUUGAUAUAAGGCUUGGAUUCUUUCGAUUCAAAAUAAUUUGAUGGAAUUCAUUCUUUAGAUAUUUCGCCUUUUCAUUAGCGAAGAAUUUUGAAUGAAUACAGUCCUAUUAAUUUUGAAUAUGCAAAUCACCAUCCUACUUUCGAUAACAUUUAAGAGGAUGUUAAAGAAUUGAGAAGUUAAAUAGAAUGUAUAAGUUUGGAAAAAAUUAAUUGAGAAUUUAAUUAUUUAUUUAUUUAUAAUAAUUUGGAUACCCC